CCACACCCAUAACGACACUAUCACCACAACGAGCCCCGAGAAGCCACAAUCACUUUUACAGCAAACAAAUUAAAACAACCAAAAGCCAGAGUACUGAAGAGAGAGAAAAGAUAUAUUAAAGGAAGAGAAACCAGGAGUAAAACAAAUCGAGAACAGUGACGAAAAAAUAAUAAAAAGUCAGGAAUGAGAAAACGGGAGAGGUUCACGUGCUUUAAAAAAAUACCGAAAUUGGAAGUGAGCGGUGAUUUUGUUUAAAAAUGGAUUGAUUUUGAAUGUAAUUUUGUUUUUAUGUCGAUGUACAGUUUUUUUUUCACAAGUUUGGCGCUGCAAAGGAAACAAGGAAAUGAUUCACACCAAAAGUGCUUUCUUCAUCGCACAACGCACCGUCCCUUUGAGUCUCGUAUGACUCGGAUUUCAUUUUCUACACGGUAACAGUAGCCAGCAUGUGUCUCUCAUGGUCUUAACAAUCGUUAUCAUGUGGGUUAGGGGAUUGGGGUAAUUUUAAUGAAGGUGAAGGACAUUAAAACUCCCAAAGAACUUUUAGAAAUCUUUUGUAGAGGAGUAGGAAGAGGAGGAAAUGCUCUCUCUCUGAAUCUGGUUGGGAGUAGCAGGUAGCUAGCGGAGAGAGGGCGCAGUAGGCCAUGAAGUGGGUUAUGGAUGCUUCGUUUGUGGUGGUGGCUUUGAGGCUAGAGCGAUCGCUGGGCAGCUGUGACAGUCCACGCUGAGCCCACCUUCGUAUUUUGCAGGAGGUGGUCGUCUCUGGGGAUGGCUGCGGGGCUUCAGGAGGCGUGUUGGUGUGCCCCGUGUGUGGCAAGACGGCCCAAGGGCGGAACCGCCGACAGAACAUGGACAACCACAUGCUUACCCACACGGGGGAGCGGCCCUUUCAAUGCUCAAUGUGCCCGUACCGAGCCUCUCAGCAGGGCAACCUUAAGCGGCACCUCCGCGCGGUCCACAAGCAGGCGUCAGACGACCUGUGCGGAGGGCCGCCGCACUACCAAGAACUCAGCCCCUCGCUCAUGCUGCACAGAAACGCCCCGCAGAUCCCGUCCGGACAGAACUAUGACUCGGCGCUGCAGAACACUCGGGGCGAGCAGGCGCACUCGGAGACGCAGGCUGGCGGGUCCGUGCGGGAGGACGAUCCUCCCUUCGGAUUGCACUUGCGCCUCAAAAACGACCCGGAAAUGUCCGUGGCAGCGUCCCAGCCGGAAUCUGGCAUCUGAGUGCGCGUGCCGCCCGGCGGAGUCCUCGGCCCGGCGUGCAGGCCGUCGUUGAACGCGACCGUUGUUCGGCUUGCAUGAAGAGUGCAAUUGGACUGUCACGACCACUGCCACAGCGGGUCUCUCGACCUUAUCUUCUGUAUGGUGCUUAGAGGAAAUGUUGCUUGUAGAAAUUGCAUUUACAUUAUUUAGUUCGGGAGAGCGGCCGUUCCUCAGAGGCGCCGAGGGUGACCAUAGCUGCUGACGACACAGAUAGUUCCGAAUAGUUCCUCUGGGAGUUAGCGACGCUGAAGGCUUGGCGGGCACGGAGCAGAGGACGCAUGGAGACUGAGCGAGACUGAGCGAGGUGUUGUUUGUGUUGCAGGAAGGUGCGCAGGGGGAGCUGGAGGGUGAGGCGGGCGUGUCGGCGCGCAGGCUGCCCUGCCCUAGGUGUUCCAAAGUCUUCCACGGGGCAAAGCGGAAGUACCGGCU